GAACGAAGCGCGGCGUCUGCAGCAUAAUUAAAACAUGGCGGAUUCGGAGGAAUUUAGACUUAAACGAUUAAAGCAUGAGGAGCGCCUUUCCAGAGUGUUCGACGAAGUGAUGGGCCUUGGCGAUUUUGCUGACUCCUCCAGGGGCUCUGCCACCUCCUCAAGAAGUGGCGGUCAGGACGAGACAAAGGAAGAUGACAAAACUUCAGGGCUAGAGGAACGCCAACCAGUAGAAGAAGACGAUGAAGAAGAAGAAGAAGAAGAAGAGGACGAAGAAGAAGAAGACAGCAAUGGCAGCAGACAAGAAGAAAAGAUGGAUGAGGGGAUGGGAGAGCCAUCCUUUCCUCGAAUCUCCUCCCCAUCCUCUGAACGACACUCCUUGUUUACUAUGGGAACCAGCGAAGGAGGAGGAGCAGGACGGAGAGGAGGGGCGGCAUUUGAUGAUGCGCUGGAUGGCCUGGAAGAUGAUGAAGACUGGCACUUUGCCCUGCCGAUGGGCAGCCUGGAGGAGGACGCUCAUAUGGGUGAGGCAAACAGAAAAAGAAGCCAACCAGGAGUGGGGAGCAACAUAACUCGGGGCGAUCCCUUUUCUCAUCCGCCCAGAGAGGUGGAGGAGGAGCAAGAAAGGGAAGGGAGCAGUGGGUCUGCGAACACCUCCCACUCCUCACAGGACCACACACCUGACCACAGCCAAGAUGGAGGCAUCCUGAACCAGACGGAGGAGACAGAAGAUAGCCAGCAGGGAGAGAGGUCAGAGGCAGCUCCAAUGGAGGACAGUAAUCCCCAGAUGUCUCCAAUCAAUAUUAAAGAUGAGCCCAUUGAUGAGGGUUAUGAUGCUGCUUUAUUGCCUCAGAGCUCCAUCAGACAGAUCAAAGAGGAGCUGGAGCAUCAGGAGGAAGAGCUGAGGAUCAGCUCUGUCUACUCUGUCGGCGGAGGGAACACCUUUGCAUCCCCUACCAUGCCAGCGUCGGCCCCGGCACCCCCUCCGGCGGCCAUUUUUAUCCCAAGUAGAGGUGCUGUCCUACAAGCCAUGACUCCCCUCCCUGUCAGACCACCGGUUCCAGUCCCAAGUUCACUACCAGCCCUGGCACCAGUACCCCCGCGGCCACCUCAGCCCCCUGUUCCUGGUAGUGUUCGCUGCAGUGGCUGCUCUAAGGUUUUGCUGAAAGGCCAGACAGCAUUCCAAAGAAAAGGUUCGACGCAGCUCUUCUGCUCCACAGUCUGUCUGACCGGCCAUCUGCCUCCCGCCAACAAGAACCGAUCCUGUUUCCAGUGCAACAGGGAGAUUGUUCAGCCCAGGGACAUGAUCACGAUUCCAGCGGACGACAGCACCUACAUGCACUUUUGCGGCCAGUUCUGUCUUUCUGUGUUUAGACACAAGAAGAAACAAACUGAGAAGGUUCCUGAUAAAUGGGCUGACAAACGACUGGAGAGGAAGCCUGAGAAGCCGCCUGAGAAACCAGUAGAGCGACAGCCUGAAAAACCCUUUUGCAGUGUCUGCAAAGUCUCAAAUAGGGUGAUUGAACAUGAGGUCACCCAUCAAGGCCGCCUGCACAGACUCUGUAGUAAUGCUUGUUUUGUAACGUGGCGGAAGAUGCGGCAGUUAGCCAUGAACUGCUGCGAAGGCUGCGGGCUUUACUGUAAUAGCAGCUCAGGCUCCUGUCAGACGCUCACAAUUGAAAGAACUCAGCUCAACUUCUGUGGUCCUACCUGUAUUGGCACCUACAAACAGAACUGCAGAAAGAUGGUAGAGUGUGCCUACUGUCACAAGAUGGCGAUAGUGUCCUCCACCAUCAUGGAGCGAGACCAAAAAGGCAAAGUUCAGCUUUACUGCUCAUCUGCUUGCGUGGAACACAGUCGGCCUCCCCAACACAUGCUCACUGGUACUGCAUUCCCCUGCUGCCUGUGCAAAGUGUCAGCUGUUCCUCAGUAUCAUCUGGCCAUGGUGGACGGCACCAUUCGGAACUUCUGCUCCUAUGACUGUGUUUCCAUAUUCAGGAAGUCCGGGCACGCCUCUCAGCCAGACCCGAUCAAUGGAACCUCCUCUCUCAGGGACCCAUCCCUCAGAGAUGCCCCCAAACUGGGGCCCUCUGUCGGAGCCAGCUCAGUCCCUCCCAUCCCUCAGGACUACCCAUCUUCAGUCCCAUACCAGGGCCACCAUCCCAGUCAUACCUCAGUGCCCCCACUGGUGCCUCCUUACCCAGCCAUGUCCUCCCCCUCUGUCCCAGGACAGGCCCAGGCCAGAGCCCCUGCUGGUCAACCCCUGAAACCAGCAGAGGGUGGGCCCAGUGACACCUCCAAGCUGACCUGCCAUCAGUGCAGCAAACACUUCAACAUCAAGCCACUGCUAUUCAGUCACCAGGGUCGUAUUUGCAUGUUCUGCAGUAGGACGUGCUGUGAGCAGUAUAAAACCCAGAAGAAUAUCCUGGUGAUGUGUGAGUGCUGUAAACAGGAGAAAGUGCUCUUUGACACCAUCAGCUACAACCAACAGGACCUGGUCUUCUGCAGUGAAAGCUGUAAGCUGCUCUUAAAACAUGACAUGACAGCUCGUAACAAGGAUCAUCCCUUGCGUCCCUGCACCUACUGCUCCGGCUUCAGCCAGAAGAUGCUGCACAGCCACUACGGAGGCAGGCUGGAGGAGUUCUGUAGACCCCACUGCAUGUCCCAGUACACUGUACUCUACUAUGGGAUGGGGAGAUGUGACAGUUGUAGGAAACAGGGCUACAUGACUGAGAAGCUGCAAUGUUUGGGCUCAGUCCGUAAUUUCUGCAACCUGCCCUGCCUGCUGCAGUACUGCUACCUGCAUUUUGAGACGAGCCAACACAGCAGCAGUAACGGUACUGGAACGGCCCCACAAACACCAUAUGCUCCCACCCAGCCCCACCACUCUUCAAAAAUGAACCCCGUCAUAGCAGAUGUGGUGUCACUGGCCAAUGGCUCGGCCACUCAGCCCAGUGUGUCGGCAGAUACUGCUCUGACUGGAGCACUUCCGACCUCCAAUGUUGAUGGCAAGAACCUAGACCAUGCCAGUACUCAGACUGACGCCAUGCGAGUGCCUGUGUCCCGUCGACGUCAAAUGAAGAACAAGUCCGUUCUGUGUCGGCCCUUCACAAUGGACCAAGGGAGCUUUUGCCAGCUGUCCGGAAUUUCCACUGGAUCAGCAGAUCUGCCUCUGCUCUCUGUUGGCUCCUCAGCAGAAGAGGAGAGAGUGAAGGUGUUAAUGGUGCCAGUCCCAGUGCCGGUCUUCAUUCCAGUGCCUAUGAACAUGUACUCCCAGCACACACCUGUUCCGAUGGCUGUGCCCUUACCCGUUCCGGUACCCGUGGUAGUACCGCCACAGAGCAAGGACAUGAAAGAUGCAGCCGUCCAAUCAGAGCCUUUGGCUGUGCAGGAAGAAAAACAGAAAGAUAGACCUGUUUCCGGUCCAGAACAGAGCAGUUCUUACAGUGGAGACAUGAAGUCAGACGUGGUCAAUGAUGAGGACGCUCAAAAAGCAGUACAGGCCGACCUAACACUUACUAAGAGUUCAGAGAAGAGCACAGAGGCAACUGAUCUCCUGCUUGGUACCAAGCCAGAGGAGAGCACGACGACAAGCGACCCGCCAACCACCAGCAACGAGCAGCCUCCCUCACCAAUGAUGGACUUAGAGACCGACUUCCCGCCUGAAACGUUGGAUCAGAAGCCUCCUGCUCCAAAGCGAGGAGUGAAGAGACCCAGGGAAGGUUUCUCGGGCCGGAAACGGGGUCGAAGGCGAACUGCUCCGGUGGACCGCAGCACAGUGGUGACUCCAGCCGCCUCCAAAGUGAACCACCUGUAUGGGGUUAAAGCCUGGAAGUGCUGGGUCCAACAGCGAAACAAACAACUGAGAGAACCCAAUCCAGUGAAUAUUAAAGAAGACAUCCUUCAGUGUGACUCUGCUGAGCUGAGCUUCGCUUUGUCUCGUUUCGUCAAAGAAGUGAGACGGCCCAAUGGAGAGACCUACAGCCCGGACAGCAUCUUCUACCUCUGUCUGGGGAUACAGCAGUACCUGUUCAUGAAGGGCCGCAUAGAGAACAUCUUUACUGACGAGCUGUACAGUCAGUUUGCUGCAGAGAUCAGUGGGAUGCUGCGACUCUGGAAACCUAAACUACUUCCCAGUGGUGGCGUCGUGUCCUCUCGUGUCGUGGAGUCCUACCUGUGGGAGUGUAAGCAGCUGGGCGCCUACUCCCCCAUAGUGUUGCUCAACACCCUGCUCUUCUUCUGCACCAAGAACUUCCGCUUCACCACACUGGCGCAGCACCAAAGCCUCUCCUUUUCCAACUUCACUCGAAGCUCCAAACCCUGCAGCCGAGCCGGCAAAGUCCACUACCUCCGCUUCCAGAGAGGGACUACUGCCACGCCACGCCGAGAGGAGACAGAGCGAUUGAGAAAAGGGCAAACAGGAGGAGAAGAGGGAGACCUGGAGAUGCUUGAAAAUGUCACCAACCCUCUGCACUGCCCUGUCAGACUCUAUGAGUUCUACCUCUCUAGAUGCCCGGAGUCGGUGAAGAAGAGAACUGACUUGUUUUACCUGCUGCCUGAGCAGAACGUGCACACACACAGUUCCCACUGGUACACCUCUCAACCGUUAGAGGGCCCCACUCUACAGAGCAUGCUCACUCGCAUCUUGGCCGUCAGAGAGGUUAACCAGGAGCAGGAAGCAGCCGAGCGUCAGUCCUCAGCCACUGGCACCGCUGCUAACAGUUUACAGUGACAUGGAGCUCUGCUCGCCCACCUCCCGCUCAUGAUCUUCUCUGCGACAGACGCCCUCUCUGAUGCUGAAUGGUUCGCAGUGGAUUAAAGCUGUGCGUGCACCCAUCGGUCAUUCAGACUGAGGCUGAGAGAAAGAACAAUGAGAGAUGCAAGGAAAGGACAUUUUGUCACAAAGCAAGACAAAUUUAAAGAACCUUCAAAGUGUGGGGUUAUUGUAUUCAGUUACCUCCGUGGCCAUUUCUUCCCCACAUACAUGCAUACUGAGGAGCAGGAUGCAAAUACGAUAAAAAGGGAGUGUUAAACAGUACACUGUCAACACAUCUUUUCACAUUUGUGUCACACCAGAGUGAUACUUAUACCCAUCAUUUAUCACAUGUGGCAGGCUUAUUCACUGCCUGUAAUGGUCCAUGCCAAGCCAGUCUCAUGUACGUUUUAUUGCAGAGACACACGUCUGCAAUACUAGACUGGUGUGAGCAGCGGAGUGCAUGUGAGGGCAGUCGGUGCUGAUGCAGAUGACGAGCGCUCGCAUCCCUCAGGCACUGUCAGAUCUGUUCAUUACCGGCUUUAAAUGUGCCGCUUUGUUGUCGUUGCACCUCUUUGCAUCAGCACGCUGUAAUAACGAGAGCAUUUACCUGUACAGUACAAGGUUUCAAGGCUGAUACAGGUAUCUAUGUGUUGCAGCUGCCGCCACCAGUUUUUGUAAUUCGACAGCGUGGCGUAUUCAUGCAUAGCUGCGCAAAACUUGGUUAAAAUGUCACUGAGUUCAAGUGAAGCACGUCCCACAGACAUCCAGAGUAGUUUUGAUAAAUGAAACAAAAUAUGUAGUUUAACAAACUGCAUCAUUUUCAUCACAUGGAGGUGAAUGACGGUCACGGGUUGACAUUGGGCAUUUAAUUAAAAGCCAAUCUCUGAUUUGAUAUGUUGUUGAACCAAUAUACUGUAUAUCAGUGUAACCCUUGUUACAGGUCAAGGUCAAGGUAACUUAAUUGAUACCCAUCGGUAGAUUUGUUUUACAGUCUGGAGAGGGCAUCUCAAACAUUUUACACAACAUUUAAAAACACAGGACACAUACAGAAGACAAAUUAACAGCAGACAUUGACAGGUACUCCCAGCAGCUCACUGAUCAUGGU